GCACAACACGCGGCCAUGGCGCCCCUCUCCACCGCCAUCCGCAGCUUCCGCCUCUCGCGCUCCCCGGCGUCCCCGCGGGCGCUCCCUUCUCCAGCCACCCGCCUCGCCGCGCCCUCGAGGCGCCGCCGGGUCCGGUCGGUGCGCGCGGAGGCGGCCAAGGAGGUGGAGGAGCCGGUGGAGCUCAGGGCCGGGGUGGCCGUCUACAAGCCGCGCUCCUACGAGGUGCUCGUCUCCGACGCCGCCCGCUCCCUCGCCGCCGCCAUCGACGACGGCAGGACCCGCCUCGAGAUCGAGUUCCCGCCUCUGCCCAGCAGCAUCUCUUCUUACAAGGGCUCUUCGGACGAGUUCAUCGACGCCAACGUCCAGCUCGCUCUCGCCGUCGUGAGGAACCUCAAACAGCUCAGGGGUACUCGGUCCUGCAUAGUGUUUCCAGAUCAGCCGGAGAAGCGAAGGGCCUCGCAGAUAUUCAAAACUGCUAUAGAUUCGAUCGAGGGUAUAUCCAUCAGUUCUCUGGAUGACGUGCCGACUGGGCCUGUCGACUCCUUCUUCAGAUCGAUCAGAAAUACCCUUGAUUUCGACUUUGCUGACGACAACGAAGAUCAAUGGAAAUCUGACGAACAGACAUCACUGUAUAUCUUCAUCAACAGUAGCACCCAGGACCUUUCAUCUAUAGAGAAGUAUGUGGAAAAUUUUGCUGGCUCUGCACCUGUUGUUCUCUUUAAUCUUGAACUAGACACCUUGCGAUCUGAUUUGGGGCUUCUGGGGUUCCCCCCGAAAGAAUUGCACUACCGAUUCCUUUCUCAGUUUACCCCAGUAUUUUACAUUAGACAGCGUGACUACUCCAAGACUAUUGCAGUCACUCCAUACAUAGUGAACUACAGCGGCGCCGUCUUCCGUCAAUACCCAGGGCCCUGGCAAGUCAUGCUUAAGCAGGCUGAUGGUUCUUAUGCAUGUGUUGCAGAGAGUGCAUCUCGGUUCACUUUGGGGCAGGCCAAGGACGAGCUAUUGAGAGUUCUGGGUUUGCAAGAAGAGGAAGGAAGCUCGCUUCAAUUCCUCAGACAGGGAUAUAAGAAUGCUACUUGGUGGGAGGAGAAUGGCGAUCAGGAGGAGUCCACCGCAUGGCGAACCUGAGCCGCCGACACUGGAUUGCUGAUCUGACAAACGAGUGGAUAG